UUUUGGGGACCAUCGUCCUGUCUUCUGCUCCUGUCCUGAGAAGAACCCUAGAAGAAGGCUUCGCUUCUUCGUCGUCCGUCGCCCCCAAUUCUCCAGUUCGCGCCUCCGGGUCCUCCGAUCGAUUCGGCUGCCGCCGAGUUCACUGCUUCCCGGCUCGAUCGCUCGUGUUCCAGUUUUUUUCAGAGAAGAUGCAGAGGAGAAGAAGGCUUCGCUUCUUCUAUCGAAAAAUAGGGAAAUCCCAAAACGAAAAAUAAGACCGAACGUUAGAGGAACGGAACGUCACACGCUAUUGGCGCCGCCGUCAGUCUCCGAGAGUUAGGGUUUUUAGGUCCUACUUGGGAAAAGGGGAAAGAGAUAUCGAAAGGGAGGCGAAGGAUGGGGAAUCCCCAAUUGGUGCUUUUCAAUUCAAUGUCGAAGCAGAAGGAGGUGUUCAAGACUCGCGUGGAGGGCCAGGUCUCCAUGUACGUGUGCGGCAUCACGCCCUACGAUUUCAGUCACAUCGGCCACGCCCGCGCCUACGUGGCGUUCGACAUACUCUACAGGUACUUGAAACACUUGGGUUAUGAAGUUAAAUACGUACGGAACUUCACCGACAUUGAUGAUAAGAUAAUUAAAAGAGCAAAUGAAUCAGGGGAAGACCCUUUAAGUUUGAGUCGUCGGUUCUCUGAAGCAUUUUUGCAAGAUGUAGCUGAGCUUCGGUGUCUGCCUCCAACACAUGAACCACGUGUUUCUGACCACAUAGAGCAGAUAAAGGAUAUGAUAACUAAGAUCAUGAAGAAUGGUUAUGGCUAUACCAUGGAAGGAGAUGUUUAUUUUUCAAUCGAUAACUUCCAUGAUUAUUGCCAAUUGUCUGGACGGAAAUUAGAUGAUAAUCGUGCUGGUGGAGGUGGAAGAGUUUCUGUUGAUUUAAGAAAGCAAAAUCCAGCGGAUUUUGCACUGUGGAAGGCUGCUAAGCCUGGUGAACCAAGCUGGGAUAGUCCUUGGGGCCCUGGAAGGCCAGGUUGGCAUAUUGAAUGCAGUGCUAUGAGUGCCCAAUAUUUAGGUGAUGCUUUUGAUAUUCAUGGUGGAGGAAAAGAUUUGAUUUUUCCUCAUCAUGAAAAUGAGCUUGCUCAGAGCCGAGCUGCAUGCCCAGAGCACAAAGUAAGCUAUUGGAUGCACAAUGGCUUUGUGAACAAGGACAAUCAGAAAAUGUCCAAGUCUGAUGACAAUUUCUUCACGAUCAGAGAUAUUAUUGCGAGGUAUCAUCCAUUGGCUUUGAGGUUUUUCUUGAUGCGUACACAUUACCGUUCCGAUGUCAAUUAUUCUGACAGGCAGCUUGAAACUGCAUCUGAUCGUGUCUUCUACAUAUAUCAGACACUCUAUGAGUGCCAACAGGCUCUUUCUCCAUUUCGUCAAGAAAAUAUACAGGGUCAAGUCCCAGCUGAUAUCAAGGAAUUAAUUGACAAAUUCCACUCAGAUUUUUCAGCAUCUAUGUCGGAUGAUCUCCACACUGCUGCUGUGUUAGAUGAUCUUAUGGAGCCAUUGAAGGCGAUAAAUAGCAACUUAAAGAAGUUCAAGGGAAAGAAGCAGCAAAGACCACUUAUUCUUACUCUUCUUGCAUUGGAGAAGGAAGUUGCUGAUGUUCUUGGCAUUUUGGGUCUUCUCUCGGGUAGUUCUUGUGCUGAGGUUUUGCAGCAACUGAAGGAUAAAGCGUUAUCGAGGGCAGGGUUAACCGAGGAGCAAGUCCUGCAGCUGAUCGAAGACAGGAACUUGGCAAGGAAAAAUAAGGAGUAUGAGACAUCAGACAAGAUCAGAAAAGAGCUUUAUGACAAGGGCAUUGCUCUGAUGGACGAACCAAAAGGGACUGUUUGGAGACCAAGCGAGCCUCCCGAGUAGAUUACAAGAAUCACUGAUUCCAACACCGCCGAUUGCCUGUCACAUAAUUUAUCAGUGGUGGGAUUUUGAUAAUGAAACUUGCAUAAUAUCGUGACAUGUAAAAGUAAAAUAUCACAUAAUUUAUCAGUGGUGGGAUUUUGAUAAAGAAACUUGCAUAAUAUCGUGACAUGUAAAAGUAAAAUAUAUUCGAUAGAUUGCUUGUAUUAGUUAAUUUCUAGAGUAUCAGACAAGAGGACAAGAUUUUCCUCAUUUAGCUGUCAUACUCCGUUUAUGACCUUAACCAAGUUGAUAUUGAGCUUGAAUUUAAUCA